UUCAAGGCGAGUGACUCAAGAGCAAACAACAACAUAGUAGAUUGUGCGUUGAUUUUAUAAAUAAUCUCACUUAACAAAUUAAAAAAAGAAGAAAGAAGCAACAGUAGACAUCACACUUGUUUGAAUCCAAGUCAAGCAAACACGUAAAUGAUGGUGACUAUGGUGAUUUUACUUGAUUAUGCCGAUAUUAUCCGCUUGAUGAGCACGCUUUAUUGCGCGGAUAAUCAAUUCUCAGAAGUUCACAUGUGUGUGUAUGCUACCGUGACGUUUAUCGACGAGCGGGACAUAUUGCAGAUCCGUUGUCGAAGUUAACCGCAUGUUCUUUGGGAUAGCGGUAUACUUGACUCGUUUCAGCUGAAUUUCAUUCGUACCUGGCUGGGUGAACGUGCGCGUGUGCGUGCAUGCGUGUAAACUAACGUCCGUCUCGAUUUUACGCACUUUCAUGCAUAAUUCAUGCGAGAGCUCACUGAGAAAAAUCUGGUAUCCUUUGAAACGGCUUGUUUAUUUCGACAAAAAAUACCUCUUAGACGCUUCUUCGCGACGAUAUUAAUAAUUGCUGACGCAUGUCAUUGUCUCUUGAAACGUCUGCAACGUAAACCCGUCGAGAAUCGAUACGAGAGUUGACUUGGAAUUACAUUCAGAGAGGAAUUUGAUAGAGAAUUAACGGUAUUUCCAUUGGUACCGUAUAAGACUAAUUAAACUAAACUUGACGCGCUUAUAAAUAAUCAAGCAGCCCCAUAAAAUUCUAAAUUAUAUGAUGAAUACAAGCCGCAAAGAGCAUCGCCGCCAUCGUGAUAGAAACGUCCAAGCUAAUCUUACAUGCGCUACCACAGAACGCACUUGUAGAUAUUAUACAUUAUUUUGCUAAAUAAUCUGCUGUAAUGGCGCGACUCGCGUAGCCCAGGAUUGAGACUUACGGUUUUAUUCGCGCGUAGAUCUCGGCGCCAACCCACAUGUGCGCCUCGCAUUAGAUACGUGAGCACAAAUGAAAGUGGCAGGUACCGUUACAGUAGCGAGUGCCACGUUACGACAAAAGCUUUUUCUACGUGUGUGGACACCACGCACGUGCGUUCCAGUCGCUUUCGUCCGCCAAUUAAGAUACACCAUUGUCGGCAAUAUGCACGAUUUUCUCCUCAAACGGAGAGCAAUAUUAAUCCCGCGGAUGAAAAAUCGUUAAUACUCUAAUGAAACUUAGUCUUUAAAUGUAAUCAUUAUUGAAAAUUGAGAGUUUCGUCGACAAAGCGAAACGAUAUUGCUGAAUUAAUUUUAAAAGAAAGAAUAUAAGUUUUUCUAGCAUUUGAGCAUAUUCAGUGCGCCUAUUAAAAAUCGCAUGGCAUUCUAUCGGAUUAUGUACGCCUCGUUCUCAGUCAAUCAGCGGACUUCGCGCGCCCAGACUUUAAGUGAAAGAAAACAGGAUACUAAUUAGAAAUGCAUUGACUACCGAAGAUAACUGUUGCCCAGCAUUUUAGAAGCCGGGACAAACCGGUGACCUGACCAUCGACAAGCAAACGCAACUCACGUCGACAUUCACUCGUUGCUUCAUCCACCCGAAUUCCUGUCCCUGGAUAACUGUAGUGGUUUUUAUCACUUCCUCGAGACGAGGCAUAGGAGAAUGCACGCUGAAUGAAAUCACUGCAUUUCCCGGAUUCCCGGUAAAAGAACGCUGAUUUAACGCUGAAUUAAUCAAUAUUUAUGACACUUUUUAUGUCGCGAUACAAUAACCGAUCACAAAUAUACAAAAAUUUUAUAAUUCUUUAUUGUGGAAACAGAAAUAUUAUAGAGUAUCUAUAAUGAAAGAAAUAUUAAAGUCUAAAAAUAUAAAAAUUGAUCAUUGAUUAGAUGAAGAACAAGAACAGCUGCUCUUCUCUUAUAAUCAACAAAUAAACAAAAUUAAUUAUAUUACUACAUAAUGAUAAAUGAAGCUAAUAAAGUUGGCAGGAAGUUAGAAUUGAUGGGUAAAACUAUGAUUAUUCAUAAUAGACUAUAAGUAAUGCGUUUAAUAUUCAAUUUGAAUAUAUGGAGUGCACGUGGAUUGACUUGAUGAUCGCAAGAUGAUCGCCGCCCAUCUCCACCGCAGCAUGAUACGAGCUCGGUGAAGUAUAACGUUACACCCAAAUUCCUGCCUCCGAAUAACUGUAAUCCAGUUCUUGCCGAUUGCCCGGCGACGCUUUAUCGAGUAACUACAUCGCUGACGGCUCUAUGAGCAGUUAGUCUCCCGAGAUGACGAAAGAUACGGACACGUAGCGAGAUCAAAAGAAUUGCCAAAAGAGAAACCGGAAAUAGAAUCUCAAGAUCCCUGUAUAAAAGCAAAUUAGCUGGAAAUCUUUCUCGGAGGACCGAGGUGCUUCCUGAUCCUUUAUCUUUUUCUUCAGCUUUGGCAGUGGCAGAUCUGCCGAACAAAUUGCGCAAAACGAGCGUUUUUCGCGAUUAGGUCGUUGACCGAGUCGAUAUUUCUACGUCAAGAUCGACUUGAAGAAGGCGACUACUCAUAUUCAGCCUUGAGUCUACAUUCAUCUCAUCGUGCAGCCUGCGAUCAAUUGUAGACUCUGCCAAACAUGUUUUUAUCCGUCAGAAUUGCAUGUGACUGGACAAGUGGAGAAAAGAUCAAGUAAAGUGACAAUCACGCUAUUAUUUCUUCUAUUUCUUCUAUUCACGCUAUUAUUUCAUCUUAAACUCAAUUUUCGAUCAAACUUUCGAUUGAGAAGUUAUGUAAGACAUGUACUUGCGCUUCAAUUAGAUUAGAUGAACAAACAGCAGCGCGAGUUCUUAACCAAUUAAAUCCGGAUGUGAUUUCACGCUCGAUGAACAAUCAGUUUCGGCUUACUCGUUUUAGCGCGUUUCAUAAUACUAAUGUCAGUAACAGAGCGUAAGAAGUGUGCCGAGAGAAUCAUGCUCAAACAUGAAUUAGUCAUAAUUAGUUACGUAACAUUCGUGUUUAGUUCUGCAUCACGAAAGCAUUUCACACUUCGCUUCGCUGUGCAUACGAGGAUGUGCACAGUCGUUUCCGUUUGUUUGCUUUUGUUCGUUGCAGAAGAGAUAAAUGAGCUGCACCCUUUGGUGUGACGAGAGACCAGCAACUGGCCAAGUGAUCCAGUAUCACUGAGGCGUCAGGAGCAUUAAUCCGCAUUAAAAUUAUGAGCGUGAUUAUGAGAGACAGAUGUAAGUGCACAGUGCAAGCCAGCCGUCGUCUGCUGACAGUGGCUCACCGUUUCUUCGACGGAGCAGCAUCCGGUGGCAAAUUGAAACGAGUCUGCGAGUGGCGUGCUGCUAAAAACGAACAUUAAAACGUCGCAUUGAGCACAUUGACGCUCCGGAGUAAUCAAGUGCAAUUACGUCACGUAAUUACGUCCAGACGGAGAGUUCUUCGGUUCAUCACCCCGUCCAGUCCGCGUGAGAACGUUCCCAGACUUAUUGUCGCGUCGUGAAUGUCACGGUCGGUCUCGCCUGAAUCGCAUUCAGAUAGAUACCUGCCCUGCGAACCCUUAAAACGCACCGCUUUACAUUAGUUAAUUAUAUUACUAAAAAGAUGGAGAUCAGGUCUUAUGACGAGAAUGACUAAUUGAACAGGUGUUUCGGAAAGAAAGAAACCAGCUUUCCUGAAGAAUCAGUCUAAUUCCUUCUGGCUGCCCUUUGUUUCAGAUGUGCGAGCGACGGAAACAGGCCUGGGCCGCCAUAUUCAUCAGCAACGUGUUGAUCCACACCGUUGUUAUCGCCAGCCCGAUCUAUGUUCCUCAAUUUCUACCAGGAACCACAGGAAGAAACAUCAGGCAUUUGCCCUGCGUGUCACGCAGAAGUGGCGAGACCGGCGUGUGCAUGUUCGCGUUUACUUGUGCGAAGGCUAAUGGCACGCAUCUCGGCACUUGCAUCGAUCGCUUCUACUUUGGUAGCUGCUGCAAGAUCGACGACGAGCCGGACAUUUUUCCGCAGGACAACAGCAUCGACGAUGGACCGCCGCCGCCACCAAGGCCAUUCAUCACGACCCACGGGCCCAUCGAGAGCAAUGACAUACCAGAGUACUUUACCAGGCCGAAGCCGACUGAUGAGAAGAAACCGGCCGAGACCCCUCAAACCACGACGACGCCUAUAAUCUCGAGUACACAAAGCACGCAAAGUUCGGCAAGUACGUUGAGAGACACGACGAAGUUUGUAACAAAGAAGCCAACAAUCACAACGAUCGAAAUGACGACGCAAACUACCCGUCUUUCGACGUUCCAAACUGUGCAAAACGUUGUCGAAGUAGGAUCUAGCACGGAAGCCACAUUGUUGAAGAGAAAUACCACCGUGAACAGACCAUCAAGUGUAUCACCAAGCACGACAAGGCAACCUACGAAGCCGUCCCUUUCGAUUUCUACCCUACGACCUAUCAUCGAAAAUGCGACGAAACCAGCAAGCACCACGACUGUUUCGAAAGCAACUACGAAAAAACCUGUUACGUCCUCAGCAACAGUACACAGACCAACGCAGACGUCCCAGAAGCCAAUUUCUUCCACCACUCGCAGGCCGAUUCCUCAGUCAACUACAACGAGGAACGUCCUCACGACUACGCAGAAGAUAGCGCCUUCGACCAGAUUUCCACCGAGGAAUACGACGUCAGCCAAGCCGACGACUCAGUCAAACACCAGGAAACCUAUUAGCAGCACCAGGAGACCCACCACUGCUACGGUAACGACGAAACGUCCGCUGGUGACUACGAAGAAACCCAGUACGCAAACGAAGCGACCAUCUACCUCUUCGAAGCCCUCUACGAGUUCCAGCUUUACUAGCUCUACGUUGUCAGCGACAACCAAACCUCACUCAACCAAACCUCACUCAGGAUUGUCCAGUGGGUCGUUCAGCACUACCGUCACACAAAGUACUUUAGCCUCCACUGGAAUCAGACCAGCAACUACGACGACGUCAGCUACGAGCACGAGUACAAGCAGUCAAAAGACCACCACUACAACAAAACUUCCAGAUCAAAAACUGUCCACGACGAAAACCACGACGUCCAGACCAACCACCAAGACAACUACGAGAACGUCAACCAUCAAGACGACCACUCUUCGAUCAACAACGGCUAAAACAACGACGGGCAGCAGAACGACCACGUCUAGGCCAUCGAUUACGACGACGAGGUUGAAGCCCACCAAGGUCACUAGUACGACAACGAAGACUACUAGACCUGAAUACACCAGCAGCACGAUAACUACGGAAAGAACGAGGCCGUUGUCAUCAACCAUUGGAUCAACACUUGGCGUUACGAAACCGAGACCAACCACGCCAACGAAACCCUUGACGAAAGUUCCCAUAAGCACAUCCACUGUUGUGGAAGUCACCACGAGCAUCUCAAGUUCAAUAUCCACCUUUAGAAACGAGACCACGUCAACCUACGUACCUCCUACCAAGGGUCAGGAUGCUAAUAAUACCCUCGAGGAGAUCCCACUGACUACGUACUCGCCAGGGUUAGUGACGUGGAGUUCUAAUUCUGAUGAACCUGCUACGAAAACACCCGAGACAUCCACAUCAACGCCAACGACCACAUCGCCAGAGCAAGCGGAAACUGAUUGGUCGCCGAUAACGACUCCGGAUGGCUGGAUAAUGAUACAGUCGCCUACUACCGAAAAGAUACCGCAAACCCAAGAGUCGACGACCGAACCGGUUGCGGAAUCCACUAUACAGUCUUUGACUUCUGUAAAACCAAUCACAGAAGGCACCACCAUUCCCGAUUAUAUCACGAAGAUACCGACACUAGCUACUUUGUCAACGAUCGCCAGCGUUACGAUUGACACGGAACUUCCGGUACCAAUGGAGACCCUCAAUAUGUCAGACUACAAACAAGUGUGCGGACGACGACUGUUCCCGGAGUCCAGAAUCGUCGGAGGUAACCGGAGCUCCUUCGGGAAAUGGCCUUGGCAGAUCUCGUUACGUCAAUGGCGAUCGCAGACGUAUCUGCACAAGUGCGGCGCGGCAUUGUUGAACGAGAACUGGGCUAUUACUGCGGCGCACUGCGUCGAAAGCGUACCACCUAGCGAUCUUUUAUUAAGGAUCGGUGAACACGACUUGGCGAACGAAGACGAGCCCUACGGUUAUCAGGAAAGAAGGGUGCAGAUCGUGGCGAGUCACCCGCAGUUCGACGCGCGGACUUUCGAGUACGAUCUCGCCUUACUGAGAUUCUACGAGCCCCUUUUACCCUUCCAACCGAACGUGUUACCGAUCUGCUUGCCGGACGAUGAUGAAACGUAUGUUGGACACACCGCCUACGUCACUGGCUGGGGCAGACUUUACGACGAGGGUCCAUUACCGUCCGUACUGCAGGAGGUCGCAGUACCGGUUAUUAAUAAUACUGUAUGCGAGGCGAUGUACAGAAAUGCGGGUUACAUCGAGCACAUUCCGCACAUUUUUAUCUGCGCCGGUUGGAGGAACGGUGGCUUUGAUUCCUGCGAGGGAGACAGCGGCGGUCCCAUGGUCAUCCAAAGAGCACGAGAUAAGCGGUGGAUCCUCGCUGGAAUCAUCAGCUGGGGUAUCGGUUGUGCCGCACCUAAUCAACCCGGUGUUUAUACGCGCAUCUCAGAAUUUCGCGAGUGGAUCAAUCAGAUUCUGCAAUUCUGAGCAUCGCGACGGAAGCACGCGCUUGCGCUUGUGAUUCGCGCCGCGUCGACUCCUAUGAACAUUCAAAACGACCGCCAAACGACGGAUCGAUGGCACCAUCUUCUGGAGCUGUGAGUCAAGUGCAAUCUAGUGGAAAAAUUUAAGAGAACCAGCGCGAGGAUUCAUGGAAAUCUGUGUGCGUGUUGCGAAUACGGACGACGUGUGGCGCCACUGAUUCAAUUUUCGCGAGUGAAGCCGCGAAUUUUUGAAUAAAACUAGCGACGAUUCGGCAAUGGGACGAUAACCGAUACCGCCGAUUCGCGAUACCAGAAACACUGUGGACUGGUGACAAAUAUUGUCGACGAUUAAUAUUUUUACCGGUGAUAACUAAUGCGAGAACUGUGAGAGGAUCGAAACUUUCGGUCAAUUUAGUUUUUUUUAUCUUAGAACAGAUUGUAAAACAUUAAUUCCAGAUUGGAAUUGUCACUUUUAGGAUAAAUUAAUCUCUCAAAUAUUCUUGUACCCAACAGCAUUCCUAAGUUGUAUUUCCUCUUUUUAUCAAACAUAUUGAUUUAACCGUUAACCAUUCUUCUUCUGAUGUGUUCAGUUUGCUCAAAACCUGAUAUUUCUAUCUAUUUUGUAUAAAAAAGGAUAUAGUAAAACAUAAGUUUCCAGAAAUUACAGUAUACACAAAAAUUAUGUGCAAAUGUUGUUAUGUGACUUAACAUAUUUUCUACAAUAAUGUAGUAUAUAUUUAAAUCGAUAAUUUUAACUUUAUAAAAAGUUUGAUAUUAAUUUAUCAGUUUUUGUCCAUGAAUAUACGUAAAAACUUUUUAUUGCUCUCGAAAUAUUUGUUAUUAAAACUACAAACUUUACGCGAAACAUGUACGUUACACUGUCUUUUUAUUUAUUUGUAAAUCAUCAAAAUAUACAAGCAGUUGAGCGCAGAAUA